CCCCCAGUGGUCCACCGCCGCAGUGUGAUUGAUCGGGAUCACGUAGCUGCACAUCAGCGCCUAUACGAAGACUACUUCGCACAGGAGCCUCGGUUCAACGCCAACCUUUUUAGGCAUCGUUUUAGGAUGACCAGGAACCUGUUUAUGCGUAUUGUCAACGCUUUGGAGUCUCGAUAUCUGUAUUUCCGCUUCAGACACGAUGCGUCUGGCAGACCCGGCCACACACCUAUUCAAAAGUGCACUGCGGCAAUCCGGCAGUUGGCCUACGGAGGCGCGGCAGACAUGUGGGACGAGUAUCUCCACAUCGGUGAGACGACUGCCUUGCAAUGUCUGAAGAAUUUCUGUCUGGGAGUGAUAGAAGUAUUCGGUGAUCAGUAUCUGCGAAAGCCUACCCCCGAAGACUGCCAAGAUCUGUUGCGGAUGCACGGGAGUCAGCAUGGGUUCCCGGGUAUGUUAGGCAGCAUAGAUUGUAUGCAUUGGGACUGGAAGAACUGUCCCGCAGCCUGGAAGGGGUUCUACACGUCCGGCUACAAGGGAAAGAAUCCCACGAUGAUCCUGGAGGCCGUAGCUGAUUACCGGCUUUGGAUUUGGCACGCGUAUUUUGGGAUAGCUGGUUCGAACAACGACCUCAACGUCCUCAACUCGUCGCCACUUUUCAACGAGCAGUGUCAGGGCGUCGGUCCGGCCAUCAGUUUUGUCGCCAACGGCAACCAACAUGAUAUGGGCUACUACUUGGCGGAUGGGAUAUACCCUAGGUGGCCCAUCUUUAUGAAGACGAUCCGAUGCCCAGGAGAUGCGAAGAAGGUCUACUUUGCGGCACGGCAGGAGUCGGCGCGCAAGGACGUGGAGCGCGCAUUUGGUGUGCUCCAGUCUCGAUGGGCGGCAAUUAAGGGUCCAACGCGUUUGUGGGAUGUCCAAUGCAUUGCUGAUAUCAUGUACGCAUGUAUUAUCAUGCACAACAUGAUUGUCGAA